GCCGGGCGCUGUGCGCAUGCUCCGUUCAGUCUGCGCGUGGCUCGCGUUUCCGGGUGCAGCGGCUGCCUGUCCCCCCCGCACACCAUGCCCAAGCGUUCCUACCCGUUCGAUGGUGUCACCCCGCAGCAGCUCAAGAUCCACGUCGGCCAGAGGGAGAUGUGUGAGAGCGUGCUGGGGGAGCGCUACAAGCAGGAGAUCUUCGGUGGGAGUACUGCUGUGCUCAGUGUUCGCUGUCAAUAAAGCUUGUUGAAGCUGAGCCCCCAGCAGCCAGACAGGACCCACCAGAACCAAGAUCUCCCCCCCAGAAUACCCCAGAACCAAAAUUUACCCCAGAAUCCCAGGACCCCCUGACCUCCCAAGUCCCCAGGACCAAGGCCCCCUCAGAACCCAGACCCAAGUCCCAGGACUCCUAAGUCCCAGGACCCCCAGAACCAAGACCCCCACAAGUCCCAGGACCCCCCAGGACCUUCUCCCCAUCCAGACCAGAACCAAGGCCCCCCCAGAACCCCCAAUGCCAAAACUGCAAUAACUCCUUUACUUUAUCACUGCCUGGCUGCUAUAGGCCAUUCCCUCUAUUGCUCCCUCUGGAGUAACCUGCUGGCUUCCCCUUUAGCUUUAUUAUUAUUAUUUCCAUGUUCUGUCAUGCAGGAGUCCUGCUAUUGGACUGUAAUAUUGCAAGGAUUUAGCAUAGCUACAGGAAAUUUACUGAGAAUUCAUAUCAAAUUUCAGGCCAAAUGGUUAAAAUGGAAACUUUCUCUGAGUCUGCUAUGCUUUCCUCUCGGCUACUUUGGCCUUAAAUUUGAAUUUCAAUCUGAAUUCUCACUAUAGUAAAUGAGUCGGCUAAGGGUACAUGGUUUAGAGAAAGCUACAAAUAUAGCGGUCUAUUCACUAUAUGCCGAAAGCCAUUAAUGUGUUGCUGUAGUUCAGCUGAUGUUAACCCAUUUGUGAUUCAGAAAAAGGAAUUUGGUUAUUUUAUGUGUAUUUGUGCUUCUGUUUAUCUGCCAUUUUGCCAAAUCUUCAUAUAACUUUGAUUCGGUUGUUUACAAACUGCUUGACUGCGACCGAAUUUCCUCCCUUUGGUUCAUCCAAUUACAUUGAUGGUGACCAGGGAAAUAACUUUUUAUUUAUUUAUUUUUUUUUCACAAACUUUAAAACAAUCUCAAAAUCAUUCUCUUACCAUGAAGAUAUAAAUAUAUUUUGUUUCUUGCAAUAUGAAUAUUUUGAUGCACUUGGACUCAGCCUCUCUGUUCUUCAAAUUAUCACAGCUAUCCAUUUGAAAAAAGCAGCGGUCAUUCACUCAAUCUGGUUACCAUGUGGUUGUUCAUGAAUGUAGAGGAAUGCACAUCCAAAUGCAAUCCAUUAAAUUUGCAAAAGCAAAUUCAUAGUUUACUAAAGAGAUCGAUAAUGUAUUAUGUCUGCACUAUAAAUCAUACAAAUGUACAAGUGCUCAAAUAAUUGUAGUAUGAUUGCCUUAGGAAUGAUGUGGAUUGGUGAUGCAGAUUAGACACUGAGGUGCCAGGUCCACAAACUAAUGAAUAUUAAAUCAAAGUGCUUCUGUUCUAGAAUGUAAAUGGUUUUAAAUAAACUCCUUUUUAAUAACUGAACAUGAAACUGGUGAAUAUUCAGAAACUAUCCAUAUCUGUCAGACCUGCAGUGGAUGCAGUAAUUUCUGCUUGCUAUUGCCGUUUGAUAUACUGCAGUAAAUUGCACCAGGUUUUCUGUUUUGCUAUGAAGUGGUUUCCUCGGGUUAAGAACAAAGCAAGCAUUUAAGCUUACAAAUCGUGAUCGAAGACCUGGUAGUGUGUGUGUGUGUUCCAAACGUACAAUCUGUCCUAUGUGAGUUUGUUUUGGUUUUCUGUAUUGACUAAAAUCUUUGUAGUUUAAUGCUGAAUAACUAGUUUAAUAUUUCUUUAUUUAAAUUCUAGAAAAGACCAAGAAGCUCCUGUUCAGCGGAGCAAAGUCAGUCUUGCAAAAUGCAGAGCAUCAGAAUGGUAAGGAAGAAGACCACUGCACAGUGCCAGAGCUAUUAAAUGGACAGACCAUUAUUGGACAAGAUGGGAAACUACAUAGAAACACACAAGCACCAAAAUGUAUGUAUCAUUGGCAAACCUAAAUACUGCUAAUUGUGUGGUCUGUUGGUUUUUAUAGCAUGUCUAUGCACAGUUUAAAAACACAAAAUUAACCAUUUUAUGAACUUGUUUAAUCCACUGUUAUCAUUCAUAACCAUUCACUUUUGGGGGCAAGCUCUGCAUGUAUGUGUCUGGGCAAUCUGAGAAUGGUAAGGGAGAACACAAUACAUCUUAUUUACCUUUUUGAGAAUCUUUGCUUUUUUUUUUUGUUUGGUUUUUUUCUUAUGUUUCCCAUAAGUCCAGGUGACUAAGAUAUGGUUUAUAUCUGACACCUGCGCACUGAACUGUAACCCAACUUCCACGUUGUGCCUAGCAUGUUUGUUUGUGUGCGUGCCUUGUCCCAAUAACGAUAUGAUGGAAGCUGUGCAUAGUAAUGUAUUACAGAGAUGUGGUGUUAUAACUGGUGCCGUUCUUUUCUCAUACAGCACUGAAUAUGGGAAACUCAAAAGCGUGUUCCUUCUGUGUCCGAUCUGUUGGGGAAAAUGAAGCGUGUUCACAAUGUGAGCGUUCUGUGUGCAAAAGGUGCUGCAUGUCUUGCAAUUGCUGCUCGGCAGCAAUAUGCUCUUUCUGUAGAGUUGCGUAAGUAUUCACAAAUUACUUUUUUGACUCCCUUCUAAGUAAUGUUUUCAUUACUGCCGCCCCACUUUCAAAAUUGAAAGGAUUUAAACAAUAGUUAACUUGCCUAUAUUCAUGUUCUGGGAUGGUCUCCUCUCUGCAGCUUAAUCCACUUCCUCUGAAGUUAUCAUUACUGAUGACUUGUGUCCAAUCAGAUGAAGCAUUAUAGAGAAGCAUUAUGACACAUGGUGCAUGCAAGGCUAUAUGCGAACAGUCAUCAGACUUAUCUGAGAAGCAUUUACUUUAUGAACUACAGUUCAAAGCGGGUGAGAAAAGAAACUCUCCCUGCUGUCUGCUUGACAGAUGUGAGUUACUAAGAUUAUUUAUAAAAGUGGUAAUUUUUCUCUUUAGAUUGCUGGUUUCGUAAGUUAAAUCAGAGAUGCACUUUAUGCUAAAGCUGAAGUUCUUGAAUGGACUCUAAUGUCCUUUUACCAAAAGAGUUUUUGACCCAGGAAUUCAGAUUUAGAUUCUUUUGUCGAAGUCAUUGACAAUGUAAAUCACUGUCAUGUCUGAGAAAUGGUGAUGUCGUUACAUUUUGGCUUAUAACAUAUCUCUAUAGUAGCUGAAGCACCACUUUCUCCUUUAGAGCCUUUUAUUUUUCAAAGGUCUUGAUGUCAUGCAAACCAUGGCAAUGCUAAAUGGAUUUGGAACAUUGCACACCGCUUAUGCCUGCAUUUUCUAAAUGAACAGUGAGCGGAGCAGUUGCUCACCUUGUGGUUUGUGAAAUCCUCACGGCCUGGUGUUGUGUUCAGUCCUUGUCUGAGAAGGACUGGUUGAAAAUUGUCCAGCUCGAUGACUUUAAAAUAGGUGUACCAGCUGCAGUGAGGAAUUGUUGGUGCUAGAGUAAAGGUAUGGUUAAAUGGAUACUCCGGAACCCUAAAAUACUUUAGCAGGCUAUUGCAAGUUGUUUUUAGAUCUACCCCAUUAGAAAGUGUGUAACUAAAUGCAUGCCUGCCUUUGUUUAUUGUAUAUCUACUAAACAAAGACUUAUUUGUAUUUGUUAUAUUUGUGCAGUGGAGUGUCUUUUUUUUUUUUUUUUAUUUUUUUUUUUUUGGUGAGAUCUAUGAUGAGAUGUUGUGCAUCAUGUUAAUUCUAUAUCUGCAGUCAAUACUGUUAAUAGCAGAUUUGAUACACUAAUUAAAAUGUUUCCCAAUUUCAGGGACAGCGACCCUGGGGAACGGGUCUUCUGCACUUCCUGUUCUGUGUUUGAAUUGUAAAGAAUGUUCUAAUGCAUGUAGUAAAUACUUUUAUAUUCUAACGCCUAAAUCUUUUUAUAUUUGUAUGAAAAUUUUUAUAUGUAAUAAAAUAAACUUCGUAAUAAAUACAA